AUGCUCCCGCCAGAGAAAUCAGAGCAUGCCACUGAGGUGUCAAUCCCAGUCGCGGACAAUGUUGACGCCAUCUCAAGCACCCAGGACGCCAUCAAGGCCACACAGUCAGAGACUGCUCACCACCUGACUGGCUCAAGGCUGUACCUCGUUCUCGGCGGUCUUGGUCUUGCCAUCUACUUGUUUGCCCUGGAUGUUGCAGUGAUAUCUACGGCUAUCCCGGCCAUCACAGUGCAGUUCAAUGCUACCACGGCCAUUGGCUGGUACGGAGCUGCUUACCCUCUGUGCCUCUGCUCGUUGCAGCCUCUAUCUGGAAAGCUCUAUGCCAACUUUUCCCUCAAAUGGACCUUCUUCGUCUUCGUCGGCAUUUUCCUUCUGGGCUCACUACUCUGCGGUGCAGCUGCUAGCUCCAACAUGUUCAUCCUCGGCCGCGCUGUCGCGGGGACUGGGGGAGCAGGGAUCUUCUCUGGCUGUUUGUCCAUCCUCGCCAUUGUCACUCCACUCUCCAAGCGUGCGGUCUACACUGCCGCCAUCUCUUCCCUAUUCGGGGUUGGCACAAUAACAGGUCCCAUUAUUGGAGGAGCUUUGACAACGAAGGUAUCGUGGAGAUGGUGCUUCUACAUCAAUCUACCUAUUGGGGCGGUAACCCUGAUAGCGUUGGCUCUCUUCUUCAAGCCUCCCAUACGCACGUCCGAUAAAGCGCCUCUGCGCGAGAGGAUACUAAACAUCGAUGUCAUUGGGUGCGCAAUGUUCAUCCCGACCAUCGUCAUGGCUCUUCUGGCACUACAGUGGGGAGGCCACCAGUAUCCUUGGAAGUCGGCCACGGUGAUCGGGCUCCUAUGCGGCUUCGCUGGUUCUGCUGCGCUCUUCCUUGUCUGGGAGCACUGGAAAGGCGAUAACGCCAUGAUCCCUUUCUCCAUCGUUUUUCAGCGCUCAAUCUUGCUCAGUUGUCUUUUCAGCGCCUUCAUGUUUGGUGCGUACAUCAUCAACAUCUACUAUAUGCCGGAGUGGUUUCAAGUGGUCAAGGGAGCCAGUCCGCUCCAUAGCGGUGUCAUGACACUUCCAAUGGUUUGUUCUCAAAUUGUUGCCGCUACGCUUUCAGGGUUAAUAAUCAAUCGUACCGGCUACUAUAACCCUUGGUUCUUCAUCGGUAUCGGCCUCAUGGCAAUUGCCUCAGGUCUCUAUACGACUCUCACUUCUUCGACACCUCACGCAAAGUGGAUCACAUACCUCGUCUUCCAGGGCAUUAGUGGAGUAUCUUUUCAGGGCCCACUUCUUGCGGUCCAAGCCUCUCUGGCGUCGAAACCUCAACAGAUACCCGUCGGCAUCUCGACAGUGGCAUUCUUCCAAUACUUCGGUGCUUCGGUGUUUCAAAGCAUUGCCCUGGCGAUUUUUCAGAAUCAGCUCGUCAAGUCACUCAAGCAGCACGCGGGCCUCAACAGUAACCAAGUUCAGCAACUACUGAAUGCCGGAUCGGGUCACGCUCGUAAGACGACGUUAAAUUCGUUCCCUGAGAAGCUCGAGCUUGUCCUUUGGGCAUACAACAAAGCAAUUACGAACACGUUUUAUGCUUCGCUGGCGUCGGCCAUCCUGGCAUUUGUGCUUGCAUUUGGUGUUGAAUGGAAAGAUAUCCGAGCGAAACCCGCACCUCGAAAGGGCGACGAAGUCGGAACCGAACCGACGAGCAACGACAGCGGGCAGCCUUUAUGA